AGAGAGGAGCUGUCUUGAGAGAGCAGCGUCACAGAAGAUAACACCACUGCAGAGACACGGGCAUAUUGGCACAGCGCCUGACAGCUGGCGUUUCUUUGCACUUAGUCGUAAACGGGGGAGUUUACUUGCCUCUCUCUCUCUGCCUCUCUCAUUAUGUUUGGAAUCCUCCUAACUUGAUGGACUUCACCAUCCCCUCUGCUGGUUCCUGCAGUAGAAGUCUGAGGACAACGAGGCAGAGGAGAGACACGGUUGCGCUCCACAGGAGAGGGAUAUAACCAGGGAAUGGUCUGGAUGUGGUUAUGGGGUGAGUCUUCCAGCUAACACCAUGCCUUUAUUCCAUAACCACAUACGGUGGCUGGAUCUGGACACAAUCAUUACCAAAAAGCAGAUUUAUAAUAAGUGACCGGGACACACACCAUGGCCACUGUGGAGGUGCUUCUCUCCGUCUUGAUGCUAGUCAUUAUCGUAGUGUCGUUGCUGUCCAACGCCGUGGUGCUGAUCUGCUUUCUGUACAACCCACAGAUCAGGAAGCAAGUGCCCUGUGUGUUCACCCUCAACCUCACUUUUUGUAACUUGUUGCUGACCGUUUCCAACAUGCCUCUAACUCUGGUGGGUUUCGUCAACAAGGGUCAGCCCGGUAGUGACGCUUUCUGUCAGUUGGUCGGCUUCUCGGAGACGUUCUUAACCACUAAUUCGAUGUUGAGCAUGGCCGCUCUGAGCAUCGACAGGUGGAUCGCUGUCGUGUUCCCGUUGAGGUACCACUCUAGAAUACGACGUAGAGAUGCCGCUCUCGUGCUCGGAUACACGUGGAUACAUUCUAUGUCUUUUUCGACGGCGGCUGCUUGCCUCUCGUGGGUGGGAUACCGUCCGCUUUACGCGUCGUGCACGCUCUCCGACGUGACGGAGAACAGUCAGACUCCAUUUGCUGUCUUUACUGUGGUGUUUCACUCCCUCACCUUUCUGCUGUCCUUUCUAGUCCUGUGUGUCACAUACCUGAAAGUGCUGAAGGUGGCAAGGUUCCACUGUAAACGGAUAGACGUUAUCACAAUGCAAACUUUAGUGCUGCUUGUGGAUAUUCACCCAAGUGUUCGAGAGCGUUGUCUGGAGGAGCAGAAGAGGAGGAGACAGAGAGCAACCAGGAAGAUCAGUACCUUCAUCGGCACGUUCAUGGUCUGCUUUGCUCCCUACGUCAUCACCAGGAUUGUGGAGUUAUUUCCGUCCGUGCCUAUCGACCACCGUUGGGGAGUGGUCUCCAAGUGCCUGGCCUACAGCAAGGCGGCCUGCGACCCCUUCGUCUACUCCCUGCUCCGUAACCAGUACAAGAAGACGUGUGGUGACAUCAUAAACAGGCUGCUGACGCCCAGCUCUAUGAAUGCAUCUGGACCAGGUCACCACGACAACCAUGAGACUAGGGGGAGGAACAACACAGUCCAGACUGCAACAAACUGAGGCCGGGGGUUGUGUUACUGUCUAAGGGUUGAUACUCUAUGUCCAGACUGAGGCCGGGGGUUGUGUUAUUGUCUAAGGGUUGUGUUAUUGUCUAAGGGUUGAUACUCUAUGUCCAGACUGAGGCCGGGGGUUGUGUUAUUGUCUAAGGGUUGAUACUCUAUGUCCAGACUGAGGCCGGGGGUUGUGUUAUUGUCUAAGGGUUGAUACUCUAUGUCCAGACUGAGGCUGGGGGUUGUGUUAUUGUCUAAGGGUUGAUACUCUAUGUCCAGACUGAGGCCGGGGGUUGUGUUACUGUCUAAGGGUUGAUACUCUAUGUUCAGACUGAGGAAGGGGGUUGUGUUAUUGUCUAAGAGUUGAUACUCUAUGUCCAGACUGAGGCUGGGGGUUGUGUUAUUGUCUAAGGGUUGAUACUCUAUGUCCAGACUGAGGCCGGGGGUUGUGUUACUGUCUAAGGGUUGAUACUCUAUGUUCAGACUGAGGAAGGGGGUUUGUUACUGUCUAAGGGUUGAUACUCUAUGUUCAGACUGAGGAAGGGGGUUUGUUACUGUCUAAGGGUUGAUACUCUAUGUCCAGACUGAGGCCGGGGGUUGUGUUACUGUCUAAGGGUUGAUACUCUAUGUUCAGACUGAGGAAGGGGGUUGUGUUAUUGUCUAAGGGUUGAUACUCUAUGUCCAGACUGAGGCUGGGGGUUGUGUUAUUGUCUAAGGGUUGAUACUCUAUGUCCAGACUGAGGCCGGGGGUUGUGUUACUGUCUAAGGGUUGAUACUCUAUGUUCAGUCUGAUGUAUGUGCUACUGUUAUUGUCUAAUACUCUAUAUGAGAAUAUAAAGUUACAAGCCACAUAACAAGAACACAGGAAGAAUAGAGGCAAGGAUUUCUGGGAUACGAUUCAGUGUAUUUCUGUGGUUAUCCAACCUAAUCACGUCACACAGCGACCGAUACGGCCGUAGCAUGAACGUGUUGUUGUGAAGAAGAUGGACUUGACAAAUGUAUCUAUACCACAACACUCCAACAAGGGUUAAACGGCUGUCCCCGUAGGAGAACCCCUUUUUGGUUCCGAGAAGAACUCUUUUGUGUUCCGUGUUAAACCCUCUGUGGAACAGGGGUCACACCUGCAACCAAAACGAGUUCUCCAAAGGGUUGUCCAAUGGGGACAGCCGAACAACCCCUUUGGGUUCUUGAUAUCACCUUUUUCCCCCCUAAGUGUGUAGGAGUAACGUUAC